CCCCCCGUGAGUAAACAAGUGGUGGGCGCUGGGUGGUGGGGAGGGGAGGCGUGCGGAUGAAUCGCCAGAAAUUCAACAAAUGUGGUGGAUCAGCCUCAUUGUGUGAUUAUUUCCACACAAAUUAACCGCUACCGAACGGCGCAUUUCGGAUCCUGUAAAGUUUGCGGUGCAGUUUGUAGCAGCUCCGCCCUCCCCGCCCUCUUGCUCCCGCGGGCCGCUUGAGUUGUUUGGGGGGUCAGGACCGGGGCGUGACGUCACCGCGGUGAGCUGGGGGCUUGGCGAGUGGCGCGAGGCGGCGGAGCGCGCGCAGCCGGACACGGACACGGCCCAGUCCCGGUCCCGAGCCACCGGAGCCUGGGCCUCGCCCCUGGGUGGUGGGCCCGCCGUUGAGCGGCAGUGACGGACGGACGGCCGGGGCACCGCGUUGGCGGAGGAAGAUGCUGAAGAUGGCGGAGAGUGGAGAAGAUCCAUUGCAGGCAGCUGGUGUGUGCGCUCAGCCAGCAGAGAAACGGAAGCGUACGGUGGAGGAUUUCAAUCAGUUCUGCAACUUCGUUCUGGCGUACACUGGAUACAUUCCACCCUCCAGGGAGGAAUGUGAAUGGACACAGUCCAGUUCAAAUUCACCCCUCAGGACUGAGAGUGUGGUGGACAGCGACAGCUGGGAUUCCACUCAGUCUAUUGACUUUGACACUAUCCAGAACUUUGUAAAGAAGGCAAAGUCCUCCAAGGGGAAUGGCUUCCACCGGCUGAAGUCAGACGGCGUGCUGCUGGACAGACUGAAGCUGAAGGAUGCCCUCUACCCCCCUCCAGCAGCAGAGAAGAAAAAGGAGCGGAAGGGCAAGAGAUGGAGCCUGGAGGCGGAACCGCCACAGAGGGGCCUGGAUGGGGAGAAGUCCGGCUUUGCCCGCAUCAAAAGAAGCAAGAAGCGGAAGCUGAAAAAUGAGAGAACCGAGAAAAAGGUCAAGAGCUCCCUGAGCGAGACGGACUCCGACGAGGAGGUGGUAAAGGCAAACUUCCUCUCCGAACCUCUGAGACCCACUGCUGAGGUGGCUUACACCAAAAACUGUAAAAUGGAAAUUGAAGAAUGCCUCAGCAUGGGAAAUAGUCAUGACGGGGAGACCAGCUCCAGUGAGGGUGAGCCGCGGAUAAUGGAUGAGGACAUUAUGGUGGAAUCAGGCAUUUACAGACAAAGGAAUACAACAGAAUUCAUGAAAAACUAUACAUAAAGACUGACAAACAACCAAUGUGCAAGAAGACAAAUUGUGCAUGUAAAAAUUAACAGAAGAAGGCACGACACCGGUUCUCUUAGAAGUUUGCAUACAUGUAGCAUGUCACCAAAAAGCUUUGACAAACAUCUAUAUAUGCAGAGUGGAGAGUAUCCGAACUGGUUGCAUCACAGCCACCAACGCCCAGGAACAGAAGAGUCAACAGAAAGUGGUGGAUGCAGCCGAGUCCAUCACUGGAAAAGCCCUCCCCACCAUUGAGCACAUUUAGAAGGAGUGCUGCCACAAGAAAGUAUCUGUCAUUAAGGACCCCCACCAUCCUCACCACUCAGAAUCAGAUUCAUUUAUUGAUCACUUGUACAUGGAACCAUGCAGGGAAAUGCAUUGUUUGCCUUAACAACCAACACAACCUAAGGAUGUGCUAGGAGCAGCCCACAAGUGUUGCCGCACAUCCAGCGCCAAGAUAACGUGCCUACACUUACCUGUACUUUCAGGAGGUACAGGAGUCUCAGGCUCCACACCACCAGGAUUGGGGACAGUUAUUACCCGACAACCAUUGGGCUCCACGCCAUCAGGUUCAGGAACGGUUAUUACCCUACAGCCAUUGGGCUCCACGCCAUCAGGUUCAGGAACGGUUAUUACCCUACAACCACUGGGCUCCAGGCCAUCAGGUUCAGGAACGGUUAUUAUCCUACAACCACUGGGCUCCACGCCAUCAGGUUCAGGAACGGUUAUUACCCUACAACCACUGGGCUCCACGCCAUCAGGUUCAGGAACGGUUAUUACCCUACAACCACUGGGCUCCACGCCAUCAGGUUCAGGAACGGUUAUUACCCUACAGCCAUUGGGCUCCACGCCAUCAGGUUCAGGAACAGUUAUUACCCUACAACCACUGGGCUCCAGGCCAUCAGGUUCAGGAACGGUUAUUACCCUACAACCACUGGGCUCCAUGCCAUCAGGUUCAGGAACGGUUAUUACCCUACAGCCACCUGGCUCCUGAACCGGCGUGGAUAACCUCAACUCUCAACUGAUCCAAUCUACAACUCAGAUAGAUCCCCCGUCAUUCUUCUAAACUCCAGCAACUACAGGCCCUGAGCCAUCGAAUACUCAUACAUUAACCCUUUUAUUCCCAGGAUCAUUCUUGUGAACCUCCUCUGGACCCUCUCAAAUGCUAGCAUAUGCUUUCUUACAAGGCCCAAAACUUCUCACAAUGCCCCAAAAGGGGUCUUCCCAGAGCUUUAUAAAGCUUCGGCUUCAUGGUCUUGCUUUUAUAUUCUCGUCCCUUCAAAAUGAAUGCAUUUGCCCUUCCUUACUACUGACUCAAUCGAAGGUCCAUUUGCACCUUUGGUUUCUGAAUUCACUCUUCAGAAAAUCAAAAUCAGGUUUAAUAUCACCAGCAUAUGUCGUGAAAUUUGUUGUUACGUGGCAGCAGUGCAGUACAAGACAUAAUUUUAAGAACUGAAUUACAGUAAGAAAUAUAUGUUAAAUCAAAUCAGUAAUGCAAAAAGAAAAGUAGUGAAGUGGUGUUCAUGGGUUCAAUGUCCAUUCAGAAAUCGGAUGGCAGAGGGAAAGAAGCUGUUCCUGAAUUGUUGAGUGUGUACCUUCAGGCUCCUGUACCUCCUUCCUGAUGGUAGCAAUGAGAAGAGGGAAUACCCUGGGUGAUGGGGGUGCUUAAUGAUUGAUGCUGCCUUUUUGAGGCAUCGCUCCUUGAGGUUGUCCUGGAUGCUGGGGAGGAUAGUGCCCAUGAUGGAGCUGACUGAGUCCACAAUGCUCUGCAGCUUAUUUCGAUCCUGGGUAAUAGUCUACUUUGGGGACAGACACAAACCAAUGCUACCGGAACUCCACCACAACUGUUUGUAGGAAUUAUGGUGGGCUAGUUUAAAUGUACAUCCCAAGUCUUGCUAAGGCCUAAACUGUGUCCGAAAUAAGGAUUGACUUUCCUAAACCUCUUCCCAAGCAAGGUUUAAGAACAUUUAUUCUUUUGACUGGUUUUCUCUCACUUUUUGCCACCUUCUUAAACUAUUUCUUACUGCAUUCACAGAUGAAGACGAGCUUUAUAUGUCACAUGUACAUCCAAACAUGCAACUUUUUGCGUCAAUGACUAACACAGUCCGAGGAUGUGCUUGUGACAGACUACAGGUGACACCACGCUUCCAGCACCAACAUAGCAUACCCACAAUGUUCAGCAGAACAACACAGUCAGCAACAACAAUAACAGAAUAAAGCAAGACAAAAGAAAUAGCACAACAAUCCCCUUUCCCACUCACCAUCUCUCUCACACACACAGCCUCCAAACCCAGGAUAGGCCACAUCGGGCCUCCAGUCCUUGGCCUCAGAAUCUCCACAUCAGGACUUCAACCUUCUGUCCGUGACCCAGACUCUCAGAUAUCGGGCUUCUGACUUUUGGACAAGCUGACCCAGGGGCUUUGACCUUCAGGCCUCUACCUCCGGAAUCAAGCAGCGUAUAAGAGGAGAGAAACAGGUUAUCGUUUCAGGUCAUUCAGAAAUCUGCUAACUUAUGUUGUCUUUUAAUUUCUGAAAUCCAUCAUGAAUUGUAUUUGCUUAACACCCAGGGCUUGUUUUUCACAAAAGCAAGUUUAUUAAAUGUUCUGCAAGUCACUACAACAAUAACUAAACAGCAGUCAAAUUAAAAUAUUUCCGUACCACCAGGUUCUGCUUACUGCCCGUUACACCUAUGAAGGUCCUCCAUCUCUGACGAUGUUCACCGUGUUGAUAGAUUCCUCUCCAUUUUCACUGCAGUCCUGGGUGGAGGCUCAGGAAUCCCAUCUCACUCAGAUAUUGAAGGAUUCUUCAUUGCUAUUUCCGUAACAACUUUGUUUGACCAGUCAGGGUUGUUAGCCCUGAGCUGAGCCCCCGAAUCUGGAGGGCCGGUGGACCACUCAGUCUGGCCUCCACCCUUUGACCUGUUUAGCACGGGUGACCCUACCAAGAGCCAAAGCACAAAGCCCUGACUCCAACCAACAAAGCUCUCCCGGUGGUUGAGGCACACAAGCCUUCCAACCAUGGCAAGGUUGGACCAGAGGAGAUAACUUCGCUCAAUGCAAAGCUGAACUGUUCCCACAACCUAUGGACUCACAUUCGAAGACUCUUCAUCUCACGUUCUCAAAAUUUAAUAUUUAUUUAUUUAUGUAUUGUUUCUGUAUUUUCAUGGUUUGUCUUUUGCACGUUGGUUGUUUGUCUGUCUGUUGUGUAUGUUUUUCAUUGAUUCUAUUGUGUAUCUUUGUACUUACUGUGAAUGCCCACAAAGUAAGGAAUCUCAAGGUUGUAAUGGUGACGUAUAUGUACUUUGAACUUUGAGUCUGGAUGAUACCAAGGUUAAAGGGCGACAGCUACUGUAUUUAAGUGAAGUUUGGAUGGGAAGGGUUAGAGGGUGAAGGUUGGUGAGACUAGGCAGAAUAGCAGGUAGGUUUGACUGAAUGGGCUGAAGGGCCUGUUUCUGUGUUGUUUGUAACUCUUAACUAUCGAACACAGAACAUUACAACAUAGUACAAGCCCUUCUUAACUUUGACUUUUUAACUUACUCUAACCCUUCUCCCUACAUAGACCUCCCUCCAUUUUUCUAUCAUUCCUGGUGCCUAUCUAAGUGUUUUUUAAAUGCCCAAAAUGAGGACUGAGUGUCCCCAUAAUCUAAAAAAAAUGUAUCUGCCUUUACCACCACUGCUGGCAGGGUGUCCUACAUACUCGCCUCUUUCUCCAUGUAAAAAACAUACUUCUCACAUCCCCCGCCCCCCAUCUUUCCUCUAAUUACCUUAAAAUAUCCACCCAUGCAUUAGCCAUUUCCACCUCGGGGAAAAGUCUCUGGCUACCCACUCUAUCUAUGGCUAUUAUCGUCUUGUACACCUCUAUCAAGUCACCUCUCAUUCUCCUUCACUCCAAAGAGAAAAGUCCCAGCUCACUCAACCUUUCCUCAUAAGUCAUACUCUCUAACCCAGGCAGCAGCCUGGUAAAUCUCCUCUGCACGUUCACUAAAGCUUCCACUCCCUUCCUAUAAUGAAGCGAUCAGAACUGAACACUCCAAAUGUGGUCUAACCAGGAUUUUAUAGAGCUGCAACAUUAUCUCAUGGCUCCUGAACUCAAUCCCCAUCCCCCUCCCCCGAGUAAUGAACUCCAACACACCACAUGUCUUCUUACCCACCCCAACAACUUACGUGACUGGACACCAAGAUCCCUCUGUACCUCUACAUCCUAUCAUUAACCCUGUACUCUUCCUUCAAGUUCGACCUUCCAAAGUGAAUAUCUUAACACUUUUCUGAGUUUAACUCUAUCUGCUGCUUAUAUUCAGGAUGCCAUUUAUCCCCUUCAGUGUGCAAUGAUCCCAGAACUCCUCCAUAGUGACUGUGGACACCACACAUUUUCUUUCCAGGAGCAGCUGAGCACGAACUUACCCCUGUAAGAUUGCUAGGCAGUCAACAGGGGUGGAGCCCUCAGUUGCCCACCUCUGUGACCCAUGGAUAGCCAGUUUGGCCGGUCCCAGGAGCAAGACAACCAGUGCUACCUCCUCCCAAAUCCACAGCUUUGGAUCAAAGAUAUUUUAAAAUUUAAUUCCAGUAUCUAAUUAGCUUUCGGAAUGUUCUACCAUCAGACAAGUGUCGGCAAUGACUAAAAAAAAACACGCACACACACACACACACACACACACACACACACACACGUGCGCACACACACACGCACACACACACACGUGCGCACACACACACGCACACACACACACGCACACACACGCACGCACACACACGCACACACGUGUGCACACACGCGCGCACACACACACGUGCACACACGCACGCGCGCGCACACACACGUGCACACGCACACACACGCGCGCACACGCACACACGCACGCGUGCGCGCGCACACACACGUACACGCGUACACACACGCACACACACACAUACACGCACGCACGCACACACACACGCGCACACACGCACGCACACACACGCACACACACACGCGCGCACACGCACACACACGCGCGCACGCGCACACACACGCACACACACACACACACACGCACGCACACGCACACACACACUGCUGGAAAAACUCAGCAGGUUGGGCAGCAUCCAUGGAAAUGAAUAAACAGUUGACAUUUUGGAUUGAGACCCUUCAUCAGGACUGGAAGGGAAGGGGA